UCCCUCCUCCCCGUCUAGGAGCGGGCCUGACCUCUGACAGAGCGCCGCUUUCCGGCUCGCGAACACGGAAGCAGCAUGGCGUCAAACACCGACAUCUCCGAGCACCAGAGAAGCGCGCGGCGAAGACUCCGAAUUAUAGCCGGCCAUCUGCAGAGAAGCGAGCAAGAUGGAGCCGCGGCGCUUUCGGCGCAAGAGUGUAAAGCCGAGACGCCCCGGCCGAGCGCUGCUAAAGGGACCGCUGUGCCGAAGCGGAGGCAAGAAAUAAUGAAGUGGAAUGGCUGGGGUUACAGUGAUUCCCGGUUUCUCUUUAACAAGAAAGGACAGGCGGAGUUUACUGGCAGAAGGUAUCGGCUGAGUGGUCUGAUUCUUCCCAGUCUGAAGGACUGGUUUGAGGGUACAUUUGGUGCCAACCUACAACAUAAAACCCCAGCUACAGCCAGUUUGAGCGUAAGCGCGGUCCCGCCCCCGAACCUGAACGAACUGCUUGUGGAGGAGCUGAAGGCUGCCGGCGUGGCCCUGUCAUCUAACCCAGAGGACAGAGUGUUCCGCUCUCAUGGUCACUGCCUACAUGAGAUCUUUGCCCUGAGGGAGGGAAGAAUUGGAAGAAUACCAGACAUGGUGGUUUGGCCAAGCUGUCACGAUGAUGUAGUGAAGAUUGUGGAGCUGGCCUCCAAGCACAAUGUGUGUUUGAUACCAUAUGGAGGUGGGACGAGUGUGUCCAGCGCUCUAGAGUGCCCUCCAGAGGAAACACGAUCCAUUGUCUCUAUAGACACUUCUCAGAUGAACCGAAUAUUGUGGAUUGAUGAGAAAAACCUAACAGCCCAUGUAGAGGCUGGCAUCAUUGGCCAGGACCUGGAAAGGCAGCUGAAUGAGAGUGGCUAUUGCACUGGACAUGAGCCGGACUCUAUGGAAUUCAGUACUCUCGGAGGCUGGGUGGCUACACGUGCAUCAGGCAUGAAGAAAAACAUCUAUGGCAACAUUGAAGACCUGGUGGUACAUAUAAAGAUGGCGACCCCUAGAGGUGUGAUUGAGAAGAGCUGCCAGGGUCCACGAAUGUCUACAGGACCAGACAUCCACCAUUUCAUCCUCGGCUCUGAAGGCACACUGGGUGUGGUCACCGAGGUUACGAUGAAGAUCCGUCCAAUCCCUGAGUAUCAGAAAUACGGCUCUAUCGUCUUCCCAAACUUCCAGCAGGGCGUGGCCUGUCUGCGAGAGGUUGCUAAACAGAGAUGUGCUCCAGCUUCUAUUCGACUAAUGGACAACGAGCAGUUCCAGUUUGGUCACGCUCUCAAGCCUCAAGUAUCCUCCAUCUUCACCUCGUUUUUGGAUGGGCUGAAAAAAUUUUACAUCACAAAGUUUAAAGGCUUUGAUCCCCAUCACCUGUGUGUGGCCACUCUGCUGUUUGAAGGAGAUCGGGAGAAGGUGUUGCAGCAUGAGAAACAGGUUUACGACAUUGCCGCCAAAUUUGGGGGCCUGGCAGCAGGUGAGGAUAAUGGACAGAGAGGAUACAUGCUCACCUUUGUCAUCGCUUACCUUCGGGAUUUGGGGAUGGAUUACUAUGUGAUAGGCGAGUCGUUUGAGACGUCAGUGCCUUGGGACAGAGUUCUGGACUUGUGCAGAAAUGUAAAGGAGAGGAUAGUGCGGGAGUGUAAAGACAGAGGAGUGCAGUUUCCACCGCUGUCUACAUGCAGAGUAACACAGACGUAUGAUGCUGGUGCCUGUGUGUAUUUCUACUUUGCCUUCAACUAUAGAGGUCUCAGCGAGCCAAUCCAUGUCUAUGAGCAAGUGGAGCAUGCAGCCCGAGAGGAAAUUCUAGCCAAUGGAGGAAGCCUGAGUCACCAUCAUGGAGUGGGCAAGCUGCGGAAGGAGUGGAUGAGAGAGUCUGUAUCGAGCGUGGGUCUGGGUAUGCUGAAGGCCGUAAAGGACUAUGUCGACCCCAACAACAUAUUUGGCAACAGAAACCUCCUGUAACACCACGUUAAUCAACCUACUCCCUUUUUUUCUAAUCACAUAUAGUUCUUUUGGAAUUAAAGCAUAAUACAUGCUAAUUUUUAUGUAUGCAAAACAAGCAGUGAUUUAUUUUCAGCUUUUGAUCAAUAUCUAAUUCUUAUUCCGAAAACUUACCACACAACUCGGCACAAGUCUACACACUUCCCACCCUCUGUGUUUUUCCCCUUCUCACUUUCCGCCCCCUUCUUCACGUUCCAUUUAUACUGGCGGUGAGAAAGUUGAAAGUUCACACAUGAUGCCUGAUGAGUUCACUUCUUUGAUCGAGUUUCACAAAUCCAUCGACUGCCAAUGAGAAGUUGUCUUUCACAGAAAGAUAGGUCAAAGAAAUUGACUAUGAAACACUCAUUAUGUAAACAUGAAGUUUGUUUACCCGCUUCCCUGUUGAACUCAUUUUUCAUUUCUCGCUAAAGUUGCCAACUUUGGCUUGAUCUAACUUUUGAUAUAUUAAAUGAAUUUAUGUUCCUGUGUA